AUGUACUCUGACGUGAUCGAAUUCAACGUGAGUGGCACAAUUCACAGCACGACCAUCGAAACCAUAUCCCACGACAAACGCUCAGCACUAUAUCAAUGGUAUGUCGAGCACAAAGGAUCAUACCACUUGAUAAAAGACAAGAACGGCCUCUUCUUCGUCGACCGUGAUCCAGUGUGCUUCUCCAUCGUUCUCAACUACCUACGGCUUCAGAAGGCGCGUCAGUUGUGGGAGGUGUGUUUGCCCAAGGAUCCGGAUCGUCUGGCAUUGUUGACACAGGAAGCUGAAUACUAUAAGCUACCGGAGCUACGGGAUCAGGCCAUUGCUUUACUACAGAGCGCUGACGAACAAGGCAACAACUCGUACGUUAGCGAGGUUUGUGAGAACAUGCUUCUGGGUUGGGCGGCCUGAAAUAAGGUUUUUAGUUUAACUGAUAAUAGGAGUUUGUUACCUAAAAUUGACAAAACGCGUGGAUCUUAAAUCGAAAAACGAAAAAAGUUUAUACUUGUUACCAAAAAUUGAAAAAAUGCAAAAAUUUCGACCUGAAAAGUGUAGAAAAAACGAAGAACAUUCUUUUUGUUACCUAAAAUUUAAAAAACGAAAACUUUUUAUACCUAAAAAUAAAAAGAAAUAUAUUUGUUAUCUAAAAUUUAAAAAAAAAUUGAAAUUUCAGUUUCUUUCAAAGAGCGCAAGCUUCUCAACCGGCUUCGACAAUCUGAAUUUGAACGCUCAUUAA